AUGUAUGAAUAUCAGUUGAUUAAUCUGUAUUAUCCUUUGUUUCUAUUAAUAAUUAAUUAUAUUCUUAUUCAAUAUUUCAAAAAAUUCAUAUUUAAUAAUAUUAUACUCAAACUUGUAUUAAACAAAGAUAGAAAAAUGAGUGGAGAACAAUCAUCAUCUACUAGGUUAUCCAAUCCCAAAGAGAAAAAGGAAGAUGACAUCAAUAAACAAAUAUUAGAUCGUAUAAAAAGUUUGAAGGAUACUAAAUUUUCAGGUGAAAUAACUGAUUAUGUUCCGAAGCUAAUAGUUGCAUUUGUUUCAAUGAUGUCAUUUUUAAUGACUUACCAGAUAAAUACUACUUCCAGUUAUAUUGGGUCAGGAUUAAGAGUUCCAUCCCAUAAUGUAGGAAUAUAUGUAGCUAAAAUAACCAGUUACAGAAGUUUUUUAAUGAUGCUUGGGUUUGGAUUUGCAUAUUUAAUCUAUUAUAUUUGUACUCUGGUUUCUAAAGAAAACUAUGAUGCUAUUACCCUUACUCUUAAAAUUAUCAGUCUAUUCUUUUUAUAUUUAUUGAUGGUUUCUAGGUGGUGUCUUUUAUUUUCUAGUUUUUUAACAAAAAACUUAUCAUAUAAUGUUUAUUUCUUUUUAAGUACAGAUGCUCUAGCAGCUGGCGCAUUCCAAAUGUCUCUUAUUUUACUUAUUCCACAAUUCAUCUUUAUCAUCUUUUUAUCUAUUCAUCUGUUGGCUUUACUAUUCUUUCUAACACAAUUUGUAUUUGAUUUAUUUUUGUCUAAUAAACCGUUAGUAAUGUUAAGAAUACAGUUUUCAAUGUGUCUAAUUGUUAGUUAUAUAGGAAUCGGUUUAUGGGCCUUUUAUCUAUUUUAUUACUAUGAUGACGAUCCUAAAUCUUAUAAAGAAGAAUUAUAUAAACAAAAUAAAAAUAUGAAAAAAGCUAAUAAUAUUUAUCAAAAAUUAAAAGAAAAAUCAAAAAAAGCUAAAGAAAUUAUUGAUAACUUAACUAAUAAUAUAAUGGCAAAUGAAUUUAACAUCGUGAAAAAUGAUAUUCAUGAAUUAAGUUUGGUUUCAGACCAAAUUACAGAUUUAACAAACGGUUUUGGUAAUUUGUUAAACGAACUAGUUCAAUUUAUAAAAGAUACAAAAGAAAUAGUUAAUAAAUUUAAACAUAAGGAAAAUAAUUCAGAUUAUGAUGAAGAAAAGGAUAAAAAAAAAUUCAUUUCUCAGAAAACCAAUCAUUAUGAUGAUAAAUAUACUGAAAAAGUCAGUGGAUUACGUGCAUUAUUUACUAAAGAAAAAGAUAACGAUUUGUCCGAUUUAUUUGGAAGAUUAUUAAGUGUCCAAGGAGAUUUAGAAAAAAUAUUAACAUCCUUCAUAUAUGGUAAUGCAUCUAAUGGUCUAAAAAACUUUUAUGCUGAUUUUAAUGAAUACAUCAAAGAAACUAAGUAUUUAACUAACCCGUCUAUUUCAUCAUUUAAUUUGGAAAAUCCUUCUAAAAGUCAAAACGAUUUGAAUCGUAUAGGUUCUGAAUUAAAAGCCUCUGAAAAUAAAAUAAAUGCAAAAAUAAGUUAUUUAAAAACAAGCGUUGAAACUUAUAUAAAACAGAUUGAAAAAAACGUAUCUGAUUUGGAAAAAAUAACUAAAUUAGAAAAUGAAAUCACAAAAAUAUUAUUUGAAAAGCAUGAUCACAUAAUAUUUUGUUAUGUUAUGAUUGCGAUAGCUUGUUUUUUUAGAGAUUUUUUCUAUCCUCCAAUCAUUCCACACGCUCUUUUAAUUGAAUAUGAAUCUCAAAAAAUAUUAUUGUUAGGAAUUAUUUUACAGUUGUUAUUUUGUUUUCCAGUGUUUAUUUUGGAUGAAAUUCUCAACAUCUUUACUCUUUUUAUGGAAGAUUAUUUUAUAUACUUUUGGACACUAUCUGGUCCUCCAUUCAUUGUUUUGAUAUUCACAUUUCUAGCAAUUCAUACAAAAAUACCUUUUUUCCAUUUAAUAACUGGAUCUACAGGAAGAGUAUUCAUAUUGAUUUUAUUUUUAAUCCCCUUUUAUACUUUAAUGGAGUCUGUCAGUUAUGCAUAUCUUUCACAUCAUGUAUUUUAUCAAUUGGGUUUCUCUCAUAAAAAUCUUUUAUUCUUAUUAUUUCAUCAACUUUUGGAAAUGUUCUGUACAUACUUUUUUUCAAAAUUAUCAGCUGGUUACAACCAUGCCAGAGUUAGAUUAGGUCAUUGUCUACCAACUUAUACUACUAAUUAUGAAAUGGAUUUUUGGCAAGAAUUGUGGUCCAUGGUAAAAUGGACCUUACAAUACACCUUUAAAGAUAUAUUGUUCUUUUUCAGAACUAAUAUUAGACAAUAUCUUUAA